UCAGACGGCAGCGCAGAGCAGAACCAGCGCAGACAGAGAGGAUGAUGGGAAGAUAAUCUGAUGAAGGGGAAAAACAGCAUCACAUCGCGGAGAUUCAGCAUGCUAGUGUUGGCCCUGACCCUCGCCGGACUCCUGCACUACGGAGCAGCGCAGUGUGAGCAGGGCUGGCGGCCUUAUGAGGAGCGCUGCUAUUAUUUCUCCACCGACAUGAAGAGCUGGCACGACGCGCUGGAGGACUGCAUCAGUAAAGGAGCACACCUGAUGAGCAUACAGGACCUGCAUGAGCGGACGUGGGUGCGCACUCAGAUCGGCUCCUCCAUCUACUGGAUUGGACUCAAUGAUAUCGCGUCUGAGGGAAACUGGGAAUGGAGCGACGGCAGCGUCUUCUACCCGUACCUGUCGUACUGGAAGGAGGGGCAGCCGGAUAACUGGGCAGAUAAUGAGGACUGUGGGCAGGUUCAGGGCGCCAGCAACGGCCAGUGGAACGACGAAACCUGCACAUCACGACGACAGUACAUAUGCAAACGACCCAACCCGAACCCGGCUCCGGCCUGUGACUCCGCUAACGGCUGGCAGGGCUUCGGCUCCAGCUGUUACCGGAGGAAGAGCAGCAGGAAGAGCUGGACGGCGGCCCGCAGCGACUGCAUCCGUGAUGGAGGAGAUCUGGUGUCCAUCAACUCUGCAGAUGAGGAGCAGUUCGUCACCAGCCGACUUGACGCCUCCGCCUUUGACCUGUGGAUCGGCUUCUCCACCAUGAAAUGCACGACUCUGUCCUGUGAAGUUCAAGCAAACUCCACCGCCUUCAGCUGGUCUGACGCCAGCGCCGCAUCAUACACCAACUGGCCCAGCGGACAGCCGGACCUCUCAGAUAAAGCCAAUGGCGUGUGCACCGCUAUGAUCAAGGAGUCAGGGGAGGAUUAUGGGAAAUGGCGGACUCACGUGUGCCGGUACGAGCGGCCGUACAUGUGCGAGAGAGCGCUGAACACCAUCUGUCCCGCCGGCUGGCUCAGUUUCUCCGGCAGCUGCUAUUGGCUGGUCAGUAACCAGCACAUGUUGACCAGCUGGUACCUGGCCCAGACCGAGUGCUUCAGCAUGGGAGCAAACCUGCUGACCAUCAAGAGUGAAGAGGAGCAGUUCUUCAUUAAUGCGCAGCUGCCUGACUUUCACCUGGUGGAUAUACCUGAUCUGUGGAUCGGUGUUUCAGAUAAAGACCAAGACGGGACAUUUCGGUGGGUGGACAACACUGCGAUCGAGUUUUCAAACUGGAGCCCAAAUUUCCCUCAGGAUACACCAAAGCAGUGGGACUGCGGCCAGAUCUACACCGGAAACUACGCUGGCAAAUGGGAGAGCACCAACUGCUUUAAAAACCUCGGGUAUAUAUGCAAGAUGGCCGGCGGACAGAACGUGAAGCCCACCUCUGCUCCAGACUCUCACUGUGAUGAAGGAUAUCUGCUCUUCCAGGACCACUGCUUUCACUUCGAGAGCGAAUCCGUCAAGAACUGGCAGGAUGCAGAAAACUACUGUGUGGCCCAGAACGGGCACCUGGUCAGCAUCCAGGACCAGAAGACCAUCAGCUUUCUGACAGCACACAUGAGCAGGUCCUCCUGGGUGGGUCUGAAUGAUAUUGAAAAAGAGGGCACGUUUGUGUGGACCGACGGGACUCCGGCUGACUUCCUCCCCUGGGAGCUGAACCAGCCGGAUAACUGGCAGGGCAAUGAAGACUGCGUUCACAUCCGCGGGACGGAGCACCACGACACCGGCAAACUCAACGACCUGCCCUGCAGCGCCACCUACCCCUUCAUCUGUCAGAAAGCCAAAGGUCAAGGGCCACCUGCUCCUCCAACAUCUGGUCCAGGCUGGAAUGAGAAGUGUGGCUCGUGGAUGGCCGACCCGUUCAAUGACUACUGCUACCUGUUGAUCACGCUCUCCAUGCGGCGCUGGGCAGACGCUCGCUCCGACUGCCUGAACCAGGGUGGAGAUCUGCUCAGCAUCACCGAGCCCUUCGAGCAGGGCUACAUCCAGGCGGUGAUCCAGAACGUUCCCACCGGCGUGUCUCUGUGGAUGGGCGCUCACGACCAGGUGAUGGAGGGCGGAUGGACGUGGACGGACGGGUCUCCGUUCCGCUAUAUCAACUGGGCAGCAGGAAACCCUGAUGACUACUAUGGUGAAGACUGUCUGUCUAUUCUGAUCAACUCUGGAGCGUGGAAUGAUGAUAACUGUGAGAAUAAGAGAGGCUACAUCUGCAAGCGGCACGGAAACACCCCGAAGCCUCCACCACCGCACGACGGGUUCUACACAGCGUACGCCUGUCAGGACUCCAGUAUGGUCCUCCACUGCGCCCAGAACAGCGUCAUCAACAUACAGUCCGCUUUUUACGGCCGGCGCAGCGACAAGAUCUGCCCAUUUGGAGAAGGAGUUUCAGGAGAGUGCAUUGUUGAGGGAACGCUGGCUCGGGCCAGGAAGGACUGCGACAACCGAGAGUUCUGUUUCCUGUUUGCGUACACGGAGAGCGACCCAUGCCCGACUGUCUCCAAAUACCUGGAGGUGGUGUACAGCUGCGAGCAGAACGUGUGUGUGCGCGGGUUGGGGGUGGAGGACGGAAACAUCACCAGCUCCAUGCUGUCGGCCUCCUCGUCUCUCAGUGGCCGAGGAGCAGAUAAAGCCCGGCUGCACGGAGACUCCUGCUGGAUGCCUUCCACUGCUGCCAACUCCUGGAUCCAGGUGAACGUGGGUGCGCCGAAGAAGAUCACCGGCGUCUCCAUCCAGGGCUGCCCGACUGCAGAACACUGGAUCACUGCAUUCAGGGUCCAGACCAGCUCAGACGGGCUCUCCUGGAGUGACUACAGCAGUGAUGGAGGGGAGUAUCCGGGUUCUGUGGAUAAAUCCAGUGUGGAGAAGCGUCUGUUCGGGACGCCAGUGUCGGCGCAGUACGUGCGGGUUCUGCCGCUGCAGUGGAACGGUCAGGCUGGGUUACGGCUGGACAUUCUGGGCUGUUCCCCAGACUAUGCUGUGACGUGCAGUGCUAAACCCAACCUGGACCACUCCACCGACAGGAUGACUGUUCACUGUCCGGCCGGGUGUGUGAUGGAGGCGUACUCUGUGUACGGCACUGAGACAUAUCGCGGGGACUCUAAUAUCUGCGCGGCUGCGAUUCACGCCGGUGUGGUCCUGAAUGACAUCGGUGGAGACUGCACACUGCUAAAGGAGCCGGGUCAGAACUUCUACAGCGGAUCUACAAAGAACGGCAUCGUGUCCCGACAGUUUGACGGCCAGUACUCCGUGUCCUACCGCUUCGCUGACGGAGAGCUGAGGUGUUCUGGUCCAGACUGGUUUGAGUUCGGGGAGUUCUGCUAUAAGCCGUUUCAAGAGAAGAAAACGUGGCACAGUGCACGGACGGCCUGCAGAGCACUGGGAGCCGAUCUGGUGUCCAUCCAGUCCAUGACGGAGCAGAGCUGGGUGGAGAGUUACCUGUACAUGGCCACCAGUGACGUGUGGAUCGGCCUGAAUGAUCUGGACUUCUCAGGUCUGUUCACCUGGUCGGAUCAUCAUGAGGUCACAUUCACAUACUGGGCUCCUGGAGAACCCAACAACCACCUGGGCUUUCAUGAGGACUGUGUGGAGAUGUACCAUCAGACGGGACACUGGAAUGACGUCACCUGCACUGAACUGAACUCCUACAUCUGCAAAUCCCCCAGAGGACACUAUCCCGCUCCGUCUGUCCAGCCCACGGUCUAUGGCUGUGCUCAGGGCUGGGAUGUGUUUGAGUAUUCCUGCUACUGGUUUGAAGAAGCUGCUCGAAGCCGUGAGGAAGCAAAAGAGUUCUGCGAGAGUCGAGACAGCUCACUGCUGCACAUCCUAGACCUGUAUGAACAGGCUCAUUUUACCGCACUGAUGAGCAAAUACUCCGGUCACUGGUGGAUCGGGCUGCGGGCACGAGGAGGGCAGGCCGGGGUCGAUUAUUACUGGGACAACGAUGCUUUAAUCACGUACACCAACUGGGGUCGCAAUGAGCCAAAUAACCAUGCUGGACCAUGCGUCACCAUGACAACGACCCCGCUGGCCGGAUUUUGGGUUAACAAACAAUGUGAAGAGUCGUUUGCGUUUGUGUGUGAAGCUCCUCGAACCGGCAUCACUCCGCCGACCCGUGCGCCGACUCUGCCGCCGGUGGCCGGGUGUGAAAGCGGGUGGGGGGGCGAGCCUAGCUUCAGGAACUGCUACAGGUUGUUCUCUGUGGAUUUCACGCUGAAGAAGAGCUGGUCGUCUGCACGGGAGGACUGUGUGUCCCGCGGGGCAGAUCUGGUCAGCAUCCACAGCCCACAGGAGGAGCUGUUCCUGGCCGGAUUCACCAAGGGAAAGACCUCAUGGAUCGGCCUAAGCAUCAACCCGCUGGAGGGAGGCUACCACUGGAGUGAUGGGACACCUGUCAGUCACACCAACUGGGGCCACGGUGAGCCCAACAACCACAACGGGCGGGAGAACUGCGUGGAGAUGGUGACCAGCGCCAACGGGACGUCCUACUGGAACGACCUGAACUGUGACGCACACCAGGACUGGAUCUGCAUGAUCGCCAAAGGAAAAAAGCCCAUUAUUCCGCCGCAGCCAUCAUCACCAGAACCAGCUCCUGAAUGCGGAUCCAACCCUGGCUGGAGGAAACACAACGGGGUCUGUUAUUACUUUAACGACACUGAUAUCGUGGACUUUCACAUGGCAGUAUUCAGGUGUUACGAGGAGAAAUCUCAGCUGGUGUCCAUCGCUGAUGAAGCCGAGCAGUCGUACGUCGUCAGCCUGGUGGGCACGGGUCAGGUGGCGGCAGCCUGGAUCGGGAUGAGGAUGUUUGGAGUCGCCGGUGGAGAGUAUCUAUGGGUUGAUCUGUCUCCGGUCACUUAUGUGCACUGGGGUCCUGGAGAGCCCAAUGAUGCUAACGGAGAAGAACAAUGUGUCCAGAUGAACAGACACCCAGGUUCCUGGAAUGAUGCUAACUGUGGCCGCGCCAGUGCUGGUUAUGUGUGUAAGAAAUAUCCUGGGAACGACCACACACCGCCGCCGCCGACCGCCGCCUGGGAGGGAAACUGUCCUGAAGGAUGGAUGAAAUUCCACAACAAGUGCUUCAUCUUCAAGGGGAACCACAAACUGCAGAAGGAGAUCAAGGCUAACUGGACGGCGGCGCGAGACUGGUGUCGAAAAGAACACAAAGGAGGAGAUCUCGCCAUCAUCGACGACCAAAGCGAAAACGAUUUUGUGGCUAGUUACCUCCGGGACCUGAUUCUACCUGUCUGGAUUGGUUUGUCUGAUAGUCUGCAUGAAGGGAAGUUUGCGUGGAGCGAUGGAGUCAGUCCUGUGUUAUACACUAACUGGGCUGAUAAAGAGCCAAACAACGCAGAUGGAAAGGAACACUGCACCGCCGUUACCCAUAAUCACCUGCAGACGGGCCGCUGGAACGAUGAGAGCUGUGAGCUGGAGCGAGGAUGGGUUUGCUCCAUGAGGAAGUCGAGCAGCCUGCCCGUCCCGCCACCCACCAAGUCGCCCUGCCCGUCCAGCUACACCACCUAUUUCAACAACUGCUAUAAGCUGUUCUCUGAGCCCCGGAGCUGGGAGGAGGCGCAGCAGGCCUGUGUGAAGGAUGGAGGAAACCUGGCCAGUGUGGACAUGAGCUACGACCAGGCCUUCAUCUCCGCAGCGGUGCAGCAGAGCCCUUCCGACGCCUGGAUCGGCCUCCGACGCCUGUCGGACAGCGACCCCUACAGAUGGUCUGAUGGCUGGCCGGUGUUCUUCACCCACUGGGGUCCCGGAGAGCCCACCAGCCAUAAGGGCGAGGGCUGCGUCAGUAUGCACCAGGCAUCGCGCUUCAUCCAGGGCACGUGGAAUGACACCGCCUGCAACGCCGCCAAACCCUACAUCUGCAAAAUCACCAAAGAUAAGCCUCCAGCGACGCCGGCUCCGGGCGAUGGGAAGUGUCUACCGGAGUUUAGGCACUACGGUCGGCACUGCUACUUCGCCUAUAAUGGGAAGGUGGGCUUCUCAUGGCCGGAGGCGCGGCACUUCUGCCAGGAGGUGAACGGAGGAGAGCUGGCCUCCAUCCACAGCCGCUCAGAGGUGGAGUUCAUCCGCAACCUCAACCACACCAAAAACCACAACAUGUGGAUCGGGCUGACCCGCGACCGCUCCUACGGCUGGGGCUGGACCGAUCUCUCCGCACUGGGCUUCACCAACUGGGCUCCUGGAGAACCCAAUGAAGCCGUGCAUGAUGGAGACGUGGGCAAGGAGAACUGUGUGGAGAUGUACAGCGACGGAACCUGGAACGACAACAGCUGCACGCAGAAAAGAGGCUUCGUAUGCCGACACCGCCAGUAUUAUGUGACGGAUGAUAAUGGCAUCGUCAUUCCAACUGAUCCGUCAGGCACGGAUGCUGGAGUUGUUGCGGGCGCAGUGAUUGGUGCGCUGGUGUGUGUGGCACUCCUUCUGGCCGUCUUCUACUACAUCUUCAGUGUGAAGGGUGUGAAGCCGGGUGACAUCAGCUUCUUCAGGCCGGACAGCAAGAACAUCGAUGUGCCUGCGUUCACCAACCCCAACUUCGCCGGAGAGUCUGAAUCCUGAUCUGAGGUUCACCUGUGUGUGUGUGUGUGUGUGUGUGUGUGUACAGAAACACUGAAAUAUAAUCAUCAGCACUGAAAUCUACUGAAACCGCCUGGUCUUCCUACAGUUUCUGCUGUUUUGUGUAUGUGGGUUUGUAUUCUUGCUGAUUUUGUAGAUUGUUUUCGAUAUGAACAUGAGAUGUGUUUAUUGUCUGUACAGUUCUUCCUGGAAAUAAAACUGAAAUAUGUCA